AUGUUCUUUGAUGUAAAUGUAAGUAACAGAUGCCCAAGAGGGGAUCUGGAUGUUUUAAAGGAGCUUGGAUGGGAUGGAAUCUGCAUAAACACUGUUGUUGGCUUGGACAACCUGGAAGGAUGGAGCAGUCCCCUUCUUGAUGUGUGGAAGGACGAGAAGGCCUAUGAGAGGAUAGAGGUAAGAUACAAGGAUAAUGAGAAGUGGAGUGAAGUUAGAAAGAUGGUGAAUCCUGAUGUGCUUUCGGUGAGAAUAGAAGGGGUUGAAGACUUUAAGAAAGCUCUCGAGGUUUCUCCAGACGUGAUUACAUUUGAUUAUUCCAGGAGCUUCUGUCUCGGAAAGGACGAAGUUUUUGAAGCUGUGAAGAGAAAUAUAUUUCUUGAGAUUCCAUUGGUGUGUGGGAUGUAUGGCCAGAGAAACAAAGUUGUAUGGAUGAGAAAUGCCAGAAAACUUGUGGAGAUCACGGGGGGAGUGAAUGUUGUGGUUGGGAGCGGGGCGUCAUGUUGUACAGAGAUGAGAAGUUCCCAUGACAUUAUAAAGAUAUUGGGAGGACUUGGAACGAGUGGAGACUGUGGAAGGAAGAUACUGCAGAACUCUGGGAGGCUGAUCAGGUCCUGCAGAAUAAGAAAAGGAUGUGUUAUGAAGGAAGAGAUAUGA